CUGCGACGCUGAGUUUCACUCCGGCUACCUUCUGGUCGGACUCGGGAGCCGCAGACGGAUCUCUUCCCAGGCCGAGCUGGACUGCAGCCGGAGCGCGGUGGUGUUCUCAGGCAGUCCCCUCGGCCUCCUCAGCCUCGGUGCUUGGAAUUUGUGUCGCUGAGUCAGCAGGCCCUUCAGAUUUGCCCAGUUUUUGUUGUUUGCAUUUCAUAUCAAGAUGGGAACUCAAACAAGUUAUUCCUCCUAAAGAUCUGGUGUCUCCAUCAAGAAGGGACAGUUUGUGCCAGCUCUCCAGAGAGACCAGGUCUGCUGGAGGCGCCGGGCAAUGAACCUGAGACUGCAGCCCAGAGUGGUCUGAAGGCAUCGGGGAAGCAGAGGGAGUCCCGGGGAAGAUGGCCAUGGCCCCAAGCCCUUCCCUGGCACAGGUGUACACCAGCCCUGUGGCAGUGGCUGUGUGGGAAUGGCAGGAUGGGCUGGGGACCUGGCACCCCUACAGUGCCACAGUCUGCAGCUACAUCGAACAACAGUUUGUCCAGCAGAAGGGCCAGCGGUUCGGGCUGGGGAGCCUGGCCCACAGCAUCCCUUUAGGCCAGGCUGACCCCUCACUGGCCCCUUAUAUUAUCGACCUCCCCAGUUGGACCCAGUUCCGCCAGGACACCGGCACCAUGCGGGCUGUGCGCAGGCACCUGUUCCCCCAGCACUCAGCCCCAGGCCGGGGCAUCACCUGGGAGUGGCUGAGUGACGACGGCUCCUGGACCGCUUAUGAAGCCAGCGUCUGCGACUAUCUGGAGCAGCAGAUGGCCAGGGGCAACCAGCUUGUGGACUUGGCUCCCCUGGGCUACAACUACACUGUCAACUAUGCCACCCACACGCAAACCAACAAGACGUCCAGCUUUUGCCGGAGCGUGCGGCGCCAGGCAGGACCGCCUUACCCAGUGACCACUGUCAUUGCCCCACCGGGCCACACCGGAGUCGCCUGCUCUUGCCAUCAGUGCCUCCACGGCAGCGGAACUGGCCCUGUGUCAGGCCGCUACCGCCACUCCAUGACUAACCUCCCUGCGUACCCUGUGCCCCAGGGCUCCCACAGGACCGCUAUUGUCUUUGGGGCCCACCAGGCCUUUGCCCCGUACAACAAACCCUCGCUCUCUGGGGCCAGGUCUGCACCCAGGCUGAACACAACCAACCCCUGGGGUGGGGCACCACCUGCCCUGGGGAGCCAGCCCUUCUUCCGCUCCAGCCUCUCCCAUCUGGGACCGCAGCUCCUGCCCCCAGGACCGUCCACUUCAGGUGGAGCCAGGGAGGCAGUGCCCUGUACUCAGCUUUGCUCUCUUCUCUCCUCCCCAAGUGCCUCCCUUCCCAGCGGUCCCUCCAGCAGCCCUGGGAGCAUCCCCUCCACUGUGCCAUUGCAGAUGCCAAAGCCCAGCAGGGUCCAGCAAGCACUGGCAGGCAUGACGAGUGUUCUGAUGUCAGCCAUUGGACUCCCUGUGUGUCUUAGCCGCGCACCCCAGCCUGCCAGCCCUCCCGCCUCCUGUUUGGCCUCUAAAAGCCACAGCUCAGUUAAGAGACUGAGGAAAGUGUCCGUGAAAGAAGGGUCUCCAAAGCCAGAGCCCGAGCAAGUGAUCAGAAGCUACACCGAGGAGCUAAAGACACCCCCAGACGAGGACUGCAUCAUCUGCAUGGAGAAGCUGUGCGUGGUGUCUGGCUAUGGCGACGUGACUGACAGCAAGACCCUCGGGCCUGUGGCUGUGGGCCGCCUCACCAAGUGCAGCCAUACCUUCCACCUGCUGUGUCUGCUGGCCAUGUACUGCAACGGGAACAAGGAUGGGAGCCUGCAGUGUCCUUCCUGCAAAACCAUCUAUGGGGAGAAGACUGGGACCCAGCCCCGGGGGAAGAUGGAGGUUUUCAGGUUCCAGGUGUCACUGCCUGGCCACGAGGACUGCGGGACGAUACUCAUAGUUUACAACAUUCCUCACGGCAUCCAGGGCCCUGAGCACCCCAAUCCAGGAAAGCCGUUCACUGCCAGAGGGUUUCCCCGCCAGUGCUACCUUCCAGACAACGCCCAGGGCCGCAAGGUCUUGGAGCUCUUGAAGGUGGCCUGGAAGAGGAGACUGAUCUUCACAGUUGGGACAUCCAGCACCACGGGCGAGACUGACACCGUGGUGUGGAACGAGAUCCACCACAAGACAGAGAUGGACCGCAACGUGACAGGCCAUGGCUACCCCGACCCCAACUACCUGCAGAAUGUGCUGGCCGAGCUGGCCGCCCAGGGGGUGACCGAGGACUGCCUAGAGCAGCAGUGACCCACCAACCCCCCAUGGCCACCUGGCAGCUGCCCAGCCCCAUGGCUGCCUGAGCUGCCCCUGGGUAGCGGGCAGGAACGUGCCUUUGCUGAGAGGCCGGAACCUUUGUGGGGCACACGUGUGCCAGGGUGCAAGGGGCCAGGCUUGUGCCUGCCCUCCCCCUCCUAGUGGCGGAGUUCUGUGGGAGUCGGCAGCCCUGGGGCCUUGUCCUUGUGGGGGCCAAGAUGCAGCUACCUCAGUGCAGGGACGGGCCCUGGGGCUCUGGAGGGCAGCCCUGGGCCCCAGCGCCCAGGCCUGGCGUGGGGUGAGUGCAGACCACCCCUCCCUUGGCUGGACAGGCGUGGGUUCUGAGUCAGCUUCUUAUACCUCAGAUUUUGUUUGCAAUAAAGGCCUUGUAGCCAACGUC